CCCUGAUAAGAAAAUACGCAAAUAAAUGGUUAAAUACAUCAAUCCAAACGAACUUAAUACUCUUUUAAUAUACCAAAAACACAGAAAUAACAGGACGCCCCCUUAAACCAAUUAGUUACCCCGUAGAAAAAAAAUAAACAGGUGAUUGAUGAGACAUCCUUGUUUACUUACCUGCUCUGUCCUAAAUUAGUGAUAUGAGGCUGUUAAUGGUGUUUAUGGAGAGAUGAGCAGCUCGGAGAGUUUAGACGAACAUGCGCUGGGCGGCGAUGGCCCUUCCCUGGUGGUGGGGGCCAGUAUGGGGAGCGGCCACUCCCUCCACCGCUCCCUGGCCACUUACCGCUACGAGAACGCCCUCAUCAAGACAGAGCUGGCGGCCACCCUGGAGCGACACGGCCGGGAGAUGGAGGAGCUGAGGCUGAAGUAUGAGAGUAAGGUGCGGGAGGUGGAGAGGCAGCGGCAGGACCUUGAGGAGCGGCUGUUGCACGUCCAGGACUCCGAGGCAGACAGGGGGUCGCGCCUGCACCAGACCAACCUCCACCUGCAGCACAAGAUCAAGGGCUUAGAGGAGGACCUAGCCGCCAACACACAGGCACGGGAGAGACUGCAGCGGGAGAAGUCCCAGGCAGAGCAGGAGCUGGAGGAGGCAAAGUUCUCCCGGCAGACGAGUGAACAGAAGCUUAUGGCCGAGAAUGAGAAGCUGAGCCGGGAAGGAGAGGAACUGCGGAAGGAGGUGGAGAAGGAGAGGGUGGCCUUGAGAGAGGUGACGGCCACCCUCAGCUCCGAGAGACACCAGCACCAGCUCAUUAAGAGUCGGGUGAAUGAGGUGGAGCAGCACUGCCAGGUACAGCUGACCUUGGCCGAGGCUCAAGCGGCGCAGCUCAGGAAGGAGAAGGCCGAGGAGGAGGCUGCUGCUGCAAGGCGACUCGAUGAGGUGAUGGGGCUGCUGGACGAGGAGAGGGCCGUGGUUGCGAGGGUGAGGGAGGGAGCGGCUGCCAGGCAAAAGGAGGCCGAGAGGCGCAUGGCAGAGGAGAGGCAGACGCAGCUCUCCGGUAUGCAGCAGCUGUCCCGCCACAACGCUGAGCUGCAGGAGGAGGUGAAGAAACUGGAGGACAAGUUACGUAAGAUGGAGGAGCGUCAGGAGGGGCGAGGCAGGGAGCUGAGAGAGGAGCUGCGGGUGACCACGGAGAAGCUACAGGCUGCGGAAAAGGAGGCGGCCAUUGCAGGGGCGCGCGUGGCCAGUCUGGAGGAGCUGGAGAAGGUGCUGCGUCAGGAGAGGGCGAGUGCUUCCACCCUGAGGCAAGAGCUGCACCGGAGCCAGGCGGAGGUGCAGGAGCUGAGCGACAAGAACGGGGAGCUGCGCAAGACUCUCAAGCGGCUGAAUGAUGAAUUGUGUGAGGUGCGGGCCCAACACGAGGCAGCCAGGGAGGAGGUGCAGAGGGAGCAGACGGACAGGGUGAGGGUUGUGGCUGACCUCCGCACAGCCCACCAGGAGGAGGCCGAGCGACUCCGUGCGAGGAUAUCCACCCUGGAGAACUACCUCGCCGACAAGAGCGCCAAGUACCUGGAGGACAGCUCUCAGUUACGGCAGAAAUUACGAACCUACUCCAAGUUGAUCAAGAAGCUACGACACAAGCUGGAACUGGGAGCCCUGCAGGUGGAGCAACUUGAGGCUCAACGGGCAGCCCUGCAGGACAACGUGCCGGCCAACAGACACGCCCACCUCCAGGCACAGUUUCAGGCACUCACAAGGAAGCAUAACGAGUUCUCAGCCUUCCUUCGUGGCCUCAGUGAAUUCCACUCAUCACUUCCUGAGAUUGCCGAGCUGACCACCUGUGUCGGGGCGCUGAACCAGAAGCUUAACGAGAUGGAGGAGGACCAGCGACAUUGCUUCUCUGACCUUGACUCUUUGUGAUGGCUGCCUCCCUCCACCCCCACCCCUACCAGUACUGCCUCCACCACCACCACUUCCAGUAGACAUCUUAGCGGUGAAGAAGGAAGCUGAGUGUGUUCGUGGUGCAAGUAUGAAAGUUUGCCACUGUAUGGGUGGUUUUGUUCUGAUUCUGUUUGCCUGCAAGUGGUUUACUCAACUAAUAUAUAUUUACUUAUCUAUUUAUUCAGUUAUGUUAAAUUUAUUUAUUUGAUUGAUUCAUUGUCAUCACUUGGCUAGAAAAAUCUCUGCGGAGUCUUCAGUCAUUUGAGAUGUUGGUUUGAGUACAAAAUGGGGAACUGUCGUUGGCAGCUCUAAGUGCAAUUAUUAUUUCUAUCAAUGAAUCAAUCAAACUACAAAACCAGUGAAAUUUUACUUUUUAUAGAGUUUAAUUAUUCCAGUCUAUACCAGAGGAUUGUUUUAAGUGAAAUUCUAGUCAUUUACGUAUACAGUUUAUGUGAAAAUAGUGUCUGUACCUGUACUUUUAUGUUGAUUUAUAUUGCUGCAAGUUUAGUAGUUAUGUAUGAGGGUACUCAUGGAAACAGGAGUGAGUGAGUUAAUGGGAGAAGAAAACAAGGCAUUAGAGGUCAAAUGGCACUGUGGCCAGAUGAAGGUAGACAGUAAGGUGAAGGGAAGGAGAUAUUGAAAUGCCCCGAGAUUUUGAUUUCCUAUUUUCUACUAUUCUCUCGGCCCCACAUGUCCUCUGCGUGUAUCGAAACACACGAAACAUUAAUCAAGACAAGGAGAGGGUAUUCGCUGGCUGCCUGGGAUUGAACCCGCGACCAGCGUGACGGGAGAGCCACUCCUUACCGAGUCGGCCAAAGAGGUACCCCGCUCACCAAGUGGGUUAUGGGAGGCUCCCAUAUCAGGCAUAGUCGCCGCAGUACAUGACUUUCCCCCUUCCCCUCUAUGUAGAUUAAUUUCUGUGUGUUGAGAUCUUAGACAGUGACCACUAUCGGUCCACUAUUCCACAAAGUCCCCAUAGAGACAUACCUUCAACUCUUCCAUUUUCUAUUAUCCUCGGAGAGCAUGGGCCAUCCUACCUGUUACCCCUUCGGGGAAACUCAACAGAAUUGCAGGAGAGGAUGCCCACCCCAAUGCCACCAGUGAAAUGCCCCGAGAUUUUGAUUUCCUAUUUUCUACUAUUCUCUCGGCCCCCACACGUCCUCUGCGUGUAUCGAAACACAUGAGAAUUAAUCAAGGCAAGGAGAGGGUAUUUGCAGGCUGCCUGGGAUUGAACCCGCGACCAGCGUGACGGGAGAGCCACUCCUUACUGAGUCGGCCAAAGAGGUACCCCGCUCGCCAAGUGGGUUAUGAUGGAGUGGUACAUAGAAGCCUGAGAGGUUGUCUGAAGUUAUUUGUAGCACACUGUGUUCUGAAUAAGUUUAAUGGUUUGCUCCAAGGCUGUUGCAGCACCUUGGUGAGAUGUGUGUGUGUGUGUGUGUGUGUGUGUGUGUGUGUGACAGUGACCACUUGCUCACUUUUUGUCAUAGUUGAAGACUGUUGGUGCCUUACAAGGAUUUCAGAAACUCACACUGAAUACAUGCAUUAUAAUUCAUCAUUUUAUUAAAGAAUGUAAUUUUUGUACUUUGAUAUUUAGGUUGUGAAAUGGUUGAGCACUUGAGUGAUACUUGAGUGAAAACAAAUAUUGUGAUCAGUGUUAUGACAUUAAUUACAAAUAGGUUUCAAGUUGUCGUUAGUAAAUAAAAAUAAUGAUCUGAAGGUGUUCCUGCUUUAGGAAGGCUGUAAUAAUGAUUUCCAAAAUGCACUUUGUAGAACUUUUGACUAAAACAUUCUUGUGCAACUACAUUAUCUUCAUACCCUUUUAGGAGGAAGGAUUAACAAACCACUUUGAAAUGUAUUUUAUUCAUGUGAUCCACUUCAAUACCAGCAACAGUGUCAUGCCUCGAGAUUUGAUUUUCUACUUUUCUACUACUCAGUAAUCCCCACACGUCCUCUGCGUGUAUCGAAACACACGAGAAAUUAAUCAAGACAAGGAGAGGGUAUUCGCCAGCUGCCUGGGAUUGAACCCGCGACCAGCGUGACGGGAGAGCCACUCCUUGCCGAGUCGGCCAAAGAGGUACCCCGCUCGUCAAGUGGGUUAUGGCCGCUUAUGGGAGGCUCCCUUAUCAGGCCUAGUCGCCACACUACAACAGAACUAUCGAGGAACACAGCGAUGCUAUCUUUGCUUUGGUAACACAGACAUAAGGAUUGAAUAGUUACCAAAUUGUACCAGCUAUAUAUAGCAUGGGUUGCUAAGGGAGAUCCUUUCCACCAGCAACUCAACACCACCAAAAAAAAAAAAAAUAAAUAAA